UCGCCGAUCGUCGGCGUCGCCGCGAUACGGAUCAGAAACGAUCGUUACCACGGCCGCGGGCGACGCGUGCCGGCCGGUGGGACAGUGCGUGAACGGUGCGGGGCGUGGGAGGGCGGCGCAGGGACGUGUCGGGGGCUACAGACUGAUCAGCUGGGCCGCAGCGCAGCUCAGCAACACCGCCGACCUCUGCCGCAGGCGCCGGGCAGCCGAGCGACCUCUCCGCGGCCAUGGAUCCGCGCUACAUGAGAAUCGACGAUGACAGCGACUCGUCGUUUUCGUGCGGGCCCACGCCGCCCAACCCCAAUAACGACAACGACAUGUCGUGUAUUCUGCGCCUGAGCCCGGAUGCACUGCAGCGAGAUCUGCUGCCGGGCGGUGCUGCGCGCUGGACGCCGAUGCAGCCAUCUAGUGGCGGCCUCCGCAACCUCGUCUACGACCAGGCGUACGCCGAGCCGCAGGUGGCGCCACCACCCACACUCAACGACGCUAUCAGCAACGGGUGCCUGCCAGACAGUCUGGAGCUGGUACCAGCGCUGGAUCUGAAUCUAGCGCACAGCGAAGCGCAGGUCGCGCCGGACGUCCUCGGCAACAUCCCAGCGGACAUUACCGCGGACGAGCGGCCGGUGUCUGCCAUCAGCAAGGAGACGUCGUCGGAGGGCGAGGGCGAGGAGAACCUGCACCUUCUGGACACCCCGCAGGCGGAGGCGCCGGGUCAGCAGGCGCUGCUGCACCCGGGCAGCAUCCAGGGCGUGGACGAUGUCAUUGUGCGGAGGCCGAGCUACGAGGAGAUGCAGAAGGAAGCGGAGGAUUGCUGCCCGUCUUGGAACUGGCCGCUCAUCCGCAACCUCUGCCUGGGCGUCAACGCGGCCGUCUGGCUCGGCGUGCUGGCGGUCUGCAUCGGCUGGAUCGUGGCCAUGCCGCGCAAGUGCGACCCGUUCCGCAAGUGGUACCAGGGCGAGGCCAUGUACGAGAUCUUCCCAGGCUCGUUCCAGGACUCGGACGGCGACGGCGUCGGCGACCUCCGCGGCAUCCAGAGCCGGCUUUACUACGUCAAGAACCUGGAGGUCAACACGAUCGUGCUGACGUCCAUGUUCGAGACGCCGGGCUUUCCGCAGGACGUCGGCAAGGUGUCCAGCUUCACCAGGGUUGACCCGAAGUUGGGCACUGCUGGCGACUUCCUGAACCUCGUUUCGGACGCUCACGCCAUGGACCUGCACGUGGUGGUGGCGCUUGACCCCGUGCCGCUACUCGACAACUCGCCUGGCGCUGACAUGACGAUGGUGCCGACCAACCUGACCCAGUCGCAGGAGAAGGCCACCUACCCGGAGCUUGUGCACGUGCUGGAGCACUGGCUGCAGCAUGGCGUGGACGGCUUCAUACUGCGGAACCUGGAGACGGUGGUGAACAGCGUGGACGUGGAGGCGCUGGCGCAGGAUGUCCGCAAUCUGCUGGAUCGCUACACGGUCGGCAUGGAGGACCGCAUCCUGAUCGUGCCAAUCGAGCUGCUGAAGGCGCUGAAGGACCACGACCGACAUAACGCCACCAAGGUGCUCCACCGGAUCGACCUGCUGGACUGCCAGCUGCACAUCCAGGACCAGAGUCCGCAGGAGAUCGCCGACCAAAUCAGCGAGAUCAUGUCGUGGGACGAGUCGUCAGACACGCCCUGGUUCAACUGGCGGCUGGCGUCCGCGGACAUGACUCGCCUCUCGCACCGGCUGGGCCGCAACCACACGGUGGGCGCCACCGUGCUGCAGAGCCUGCUGCCCGGCACGGUCACGUUGCUGUACGGCGACGAGGUCUGCCUGAUGGAGGCCGAGCCGCAGGAGAACCAGACGCUGCCCGGCCUGGGCAUCAUGCCCUGGUCGGAUGACGUCACGUCGGCCGACUUCUCGCUGAGCUGGCGGCUGCCGUGGCGACCGCUGCCGGCAGACCACGCCCUCUUCAACGCCGCCAGCCAGCAGAACAUCACCGUGCAGUCGGUCCGGCUGGCCCUGGGCGUGCACCGCUCGGCCGUGCCCGUCUACGUCAACGGCAUAUUCAACUCGAUCGGAGACUUCAACCCACGCCGCUCGUCCAACCUCAAGGUGCGCUACGUGGACGAGGCGGUGAUCGUGCUGGACCGGUUCUACCCGCGCCAGCCGCGCUGGUGCGCCAUCUUCAACACGGCCGAGCGGCCGGUGACACGGGACCUCAGCCACAUCUUCUUCCGCGGCCUCGUCAUGGCCAGCUCCACCGGCGACAAGCAGGGCUUCAUCCGCUUCAAGGAGCUGCGCCUGGAGGCCGGCGAGGGCCUGCUGGUCAAGCUGGACCGCUGAGCGCCGCCGGGGGUCAACGGCGUGGGGAACCGAGCGCCGGCGCCGCCGGUCUGGCGGACAGGCCGGCCGCCGGCCACCUGCGGCUGGCGAGCAGCGCGGCCGCGUCUGUUCGCAGACGUGGGAGGCCUGGCGUCGAAGGCAUCAGGCCUUUCCCUCCCCAAGAAGGCCUAACCCACCGAAUCGAUGGGCGCGCGUGUGAUCACGUUUCGAGCCGUUCACCUCUGCUGAGUGUGCGUGUGUGUGUGUGGCUUACGUACAGCGGGAAGCGACAUGGAGCGCAUAGCGCCAGCAGAACAUUCGCCAUCGGCGCGCACUUGACUAGUCAUGCCCACCGAGUUGGCGCCUGGCGCCCAAGCAGCACGGUAUUGUUAGAACAUCUUGUUUAUUCUCGCAUGUUGACGUUACAUAACAAGCACGGCUCGCCAAGCCGGAUACCAAUACAUCGGGUUUGCCUGGGCACCAGUGGGCGGCACCUCACACAUGACGUUGGCAGGAUUCCGCGAAACAGUCAAUACCUGACACUCGCCUGCCAUGACAGCGGCAGAGGUUAGAGCUAUCACGACCCUGCACCGUAUUUGAUUAGACUUCUGUCCGACCAGACACUAUCACUUCUCUUCUCGGGCCCAGGCAGGGGCCUCUUGGGCCCAGGGUCACCGCGCCGGACCCCGUCGCAGUGACCUCUAUCACACGGUUCUGCCGGCUCAGCUGGACUUGAGCCGCGAGAUCAGAAGCUAGCAUUCCGCGCCGGCCUCGAAACAGGGGCCAUCGAAACCGAACAAUGCCGGCAUUCGUUCCCGAGUGCCUGAGACCCGUCACACGCGGCGUUAAUCACAUGGGGACUGCAGCGCGGAGAGACGCUCCUUCGGGGUAUUACGAGCCGAGGCGCUUAAUAGUAAGGACACCAUAACACACUGAGGCGAUGACGAGACAGGGAUGAUGUGCGAUCGAUUUCACUCUGCCCCACACACUUGCGCACGGUGCGUGAAUGACGGACGGCACGUGCGAUAAAUCAACAGUACGAGUCUGACUAUAUAUCCUGUGCGCAACACGACCAUUACUCACAGGGUUCGUACUCCCAGGAAUGAUAUUCAGAAGGGGCAGACACACCACGUGCACAUGACUGACAGUGUCCCUGGCCCAAGGGGCGCCCAAGAACACGGAGGGAGGGGGUUCUGCCCACACACCCAGUAUUCACAGCUAGAUUAUGGAACACGAGAUAAAGUAUACAACGGGCUGUUCUGCCGGGCGUGUACGGUAAUGCACGCGAAAAAUGAUCGUCUAUAAAUCACAUGCUACCCAUGACGCAUGCUCGCAACUUGAAGCGAGCCGCAUCGUAUUGGCGUGGAACCGACAAACAUUCUUCCAAGAUUUCCACCCUGCUCCAUUGUCUCUCAAAGACGUGUCUAAGGGGCAACAUGUCCCCUGCGUCCAGCUUCGUUUAACGUUCAACGUUUUCCCCAGCAACAUUAAAUGCAGGGACAGAACCUAACGCUGCGUUCGAGAUUGCAAUCCAAGAAGACAGGAACGAAACCUUCUAUCUCACAAUUUACAAGAGGUCCGGCCAGUCAGUAACAUUGACAGGUGACUAAACACCACCUGGACUUCAGUCCGUAUAAUAUCAGUCGUUUUUUCCAUCACUCGCACCUACAGAGGGCGCCAGUCCAGGCUCAGGACUGCGGAAUGCCACAGCUGCCGUGCCACGCACAAGUCCACCAGCUGCCGUGCACAGCGGAGGGGUCGGCUCAGCCGGCCCGGCGGAGGACGCGUCACGAGUCCGGUGCAAGGGUCAGACGGGCGGUCCCAGCGGAGCGAGGAGCGGCCAGCAGGUCACAGCAGCUGCAGACCCAGGGCGGUCCCAGCGGAGCGAGGAGCGGCCAGCAGGCCACAGCAGCUGCAGACCCAGGGCGGUCCCAGAGGAGCGAGGAGCGGCCAGCACGCCACAGCAGCUGCAGACCCAGGGCGGUCCCAGAGGAGCGAAGAGCGGCCAGCACGCCACAGCAGCUGCAGACUGAGGCCAGCUCCACAGGAACGACGAGCGGCCAGCACGUCACAGCAGCUGCAGACCGAGCACACGGAGACAGGACAGACACACGGUGGGUGACCGGUCAGACAGCGGAGCCCGGGCGGGACAGACAAGCGUCCCCCGCCGACACGGCAGCAGGCACCGGCAGGCACCAUCCUCGUCCCCCGGCCGCCCGCGUCUCUGGAGCGCCGCCUCGGCCGUCGGCGGCGGCGCAUCACGACCGCAGCUCGCCGAACUCUCGCCCAAACUUGACGUACUGCGCCAGCGCCUGCUCGUCCACCGAGCGUCUGAUCCGCCGCAGUGAGUCGGUGAAGUCGUCGAGGCUGAUGUGGCGCAGCUUUUUGGGGUCGAUUCGCUUCACCUCCU